AUGUCUCUUUCUUUACCGCAAAAGACUGGUCUAAUUCAAAGUGAUAUCUCCCCCAGAAAUCUACUUGUGAAUGAAGACAAGGCUAACCCUUCCUUCCGGGCAUUCCUGAUUGACCUUGACCUUGCAAUAAGGGUAAAUCGGGAUGGCUUCUCCGGGGCCCGUGUAAAAACAGGCACAAGGCCAUUCAUGGCGAUCGGCGCGUUGUUUGGUGAAAGGCAUUCCUUCAUGCACGACCUUGAAUCUUUUUUCUGGGUGCUCUUCUGGAUAUGCAUUCAUUAUGAAGGCCCUGGGAGGGCAAGAACCGUCAAGCGCUUUGAGAAAUGGAACUACAUGGAUACAGAUGAUCUAGCUGAUACAAAAAAAGGGGUGAUAACUAUUGAAAGAGAUUUUCUCAGGACUACGGAGGAUAAUUUUACUACCUUUUAUCAGCCUUUGACCCGUAGUGUCAACAGGUUACGCCGGCUUGUUUUCCCUGAUGGUGAUCGGUGGCAGGAGUUGAAUCCCGGUCUACCAAUGGCCAUGAUCAAAGAGCUGCAACAGGGAUUCUGCAUCGCCAAGUCCGUGCGAACUCGGGUCUUUCAACACGAGGGCAUGUCGAGAUUGAGAGCAUUGUACAUGUACAUACAUGAGGCCAUCUCAUCACCAUUUACUGGCGAGGUAGUAGUUGUCACUGGCGCCGCUGAAGGUCUGGGACAGGAGGCCGUCGUUGCUUUUGUUGCCGCGGGCGCUGAGCGCAUUGCCAUAGUGGACAGUUCCAGUAUUUCGGAUACUCAUGCAAGGGCCUCACAAGUUGCCAGAGAGGCUCGAAGGCCAGGACUGGAAAUACUAUCCGUGCAGUUUGAAGUUGGAAAUGCUGCAAGCGUCGAUGCUGGAGUUACUGCGAUUCAUUCGAGAUGGGGGCAUGCGGAUAUUCUCAUCAAUACGCCGUGCCGGGCUUCCUCGCUUGACCGGCAGCGACAACCUUUGGGCGCGGGCGACAUUGACAACUGGUGGAAGUCAUGGGAGGUCAGUGUCAAAGAUGCAUUUGUGGUUGCUCAUGCAUUGCUGCCGCUCCUAUUGAAAGGGGGGACAUGGGAUCCCUGCAAGGCUUAUUCCCACCUCCUGGGGCCACCGGCGAAGAACCUGCUCCCCAUGGCUCCAGCUGCUGGAUACAUACUCAUGCGGAGAACAGUCGUGGCUGCUUCCAGCCAACAUGUCAACCAGCUCAUAAUCCCCGUGCAAUGGUUGCCAUUCCUGUAUGGCACGGCCCCGCGCCGAUAUGGCCGAGACAGAUCCCAGCAAACGCUACGGACUAAGAUGGUGAUGCUUCGAUUGACCGCUGAGCAAUACCGAAAAUUGCCAAUUCUUGUCGACGAAAAGACAUGCAUCGGCAAGACCUAUAUAAUCACUGGCGGCAACUCUGGACUGGGACUUGAGACCGCGCGACAUCUCGUCUCAGCAUCAGCCGAACGGGUCGUGCUACCAGUGAGAAAUCUCAAGGCUGGAGAAGCCGCGAAAAAUGACAUUGAGAAGACGACCGGGCGCAAGGGAGCUGUCCGGGUACGACACAUAGACAUGUCAACAUACGCGUCUGUCCAGAGCUUCGUCAAGAAGAUAACAGAAGAACUGGACAGAAUUGACGGAUUUUCUGAGGGCAUGGAAACAGGCAUGUUUGUCAAUGUUGUCAACACGGUGUUCCUCGGCGCCCUGAUGAUGCCGAAACUCAAAGACUCUGCCAUCAAGUUCAAUAUUAAGCCCACUCUCGUUUUCAUCGUCAGUGUUCUUGGAUAUACUGCCAAAGGUGAGAUGGACAAGAGCCGCAAUGGUGUUAUAUUCGAAGGGCUCAACGAUCAGAAGCGCGCCAACAUGGACUCGAGAUGA